AUGACGAAUGUUCCGAAACCACGACUGUGCCGAUUGAGAAAACGUGAUCCGACGGAAGAGUUCGGAUUUAAUUUGCAUGCCGAAAAGAAUCGAGGGCAUUUUGUUGGAGCUGUUGAUAAAAAUGGUAUUGGUGAACGGGCUGGUUUGCAGAUGGGACAACGAAUUGUGGGUGUUAAUGGUCAGCUCAUUUAUCCGAGCACUGCUCACAAGGAAGUUGUAUCACUGAUAAAAAAGAAUCCUUUACGAACCGAGCUGCUAGUUGCAUCAGAGGAAAUCGACCAGUGGUACACUGAAAACCAUAUGGAAUAUUCGUUUGAUCGAGUAGAUCUGUAUAAUUUCGAGAAUGGUUCGUCUGUGUAUGAGGCGAAGCAACAAUUCAAUUGCAAGUUUGGGCACAGAACUACUGAGACUUCGAGAAAAAUAUCGUAA